AUGCCGCCGAAACUCUCUCCACUCCCGCGCAAACCGACUGUUCAGCCAAGUUUUCUCUCAAACGAUGACGACAUCCGGCUUGGUAACAUACACG